CGAGCCUGAUGGACCAGCACAGCACCAGCCAUGUGGAGGGCCACAGACUGAGUCCCUUCCUGACGCCUUCGCCGUCCCCGGGCUGCCAGGCCGAAGCCCUGGCCACCAAGCUCCAGAACGGAAGCCCCUUCGCGGAGCGCCCUCAGCCAGACGUGAACGGAGACACCCCGUGGCCGGCGUUCCCGGGUGCGCCCGGCCUCCCCCCUGCAAAGGGCAGCCAGCUCCGCCGCGCAAGCCCCGACUUGCUGCCGGCGGCGUGGGGGCUGCCCCGGUGCCUGCAGAACGGGGGAAUCAAGCGCACGGUCAGCGAGCCCUCGCUCUCCGGCCCGCACCGGAGCAAGAAGCUGAGGCCAGACCAGAAGGCGAAUGGCGAGAGCGCGAGCCUCGGGGAGAGCCCGGGGACAGGUGCCGGCGAGGGCGGCGGGCGCCCCCCGGCCUCGAUGAAGGCGGAGGGGAGCGACAACUCCAUGAUCAACCUGUCCGUGCAGCAGGAAGUGCAGGAGGAGGGUCCGGCCCGGGCGCCGCCGCCGCCCCCCCGGGCGCCUCUAGAGAGGCCUCCGAGCCGUGGUGUCCACAGCAACGGGUGCGGGGUGCCCGCGGCCUCGGGCUCCGAGGACACGCCACCCGGCUCGGCACAGGUCCGGCAUCACCCGGCGCCCCCUGACGGCAGGGACCAGUCCCGGGCAGGAUGCGGAGAGCAGGAUGAGCCGCCGCAGGGGGCAGAGGACCGCGGCCGCCCAGCCCCGCCCUACCUGAAGCCGGGCUGGAUUGAGCUGAAGGCGCCCCCCUGUCAGCAGCCGGAGCCCCCGCCGCGGAGCGAGGCCUCCCUGCCUUCCGUCCUUCAGUACCAGCCCGGCCCCUCCCUCCAGGCCGCCUCCAAACCGUACACUGGAAGCCUGCCCCGGGCGCUCCUGGCGCACCCCAACCACGCCCAGAGACUCGUGGGGCUGGAGUGCCAGCCCCCGAGGCACCCGGUGGAGAUGCAAAGUCAGGGUCCCAGGGACCAGGCGCUGCGCCUGGCGAAAGCUCCCGUCCCCCUGGCCAACUCCAGCCCUUCACCGGAAGCUCGUGUGCAGCCCCUGUGCGCCCCCAGAUUUCAGUUUCAACACAGACCAGAUCCCCAAGCUGACAAGCUCCCUGCCCCGACCUUCAAGCAGCACUUGCUCCCGCAGGCUUCAGUGACAGAGCCUUGCUCAGACGCCCACCUUGUGCCGCACCAGCCUCAGCAGCAGGCGGCGCAGACACAGCUGCCCCAGGAUCCACACCUCUGUCAAAACCAGCAGCAGCCGCCGACGUCACAGAUGAAGAAUAAAGAACAAACGCCCCAGACUGUUCCCUAUCCCCAAGGCAACAGUGACCAGCCGAGGGAAGGCGCUUUCUUCAGCCACGCGACCGCGCCAGAGCGCCUUCGUGGUGAGCGGCCGUGUUCAAAACCCAGGGAGCUCCAGGCCCCUCCACUCACCCAGGUGGGACUGGAGCAGGCUCAGAAUUUGCAUAAUCGAAACCCUCCCUACGGGCACAUCCUGAAAUCAAAUGCCAACCAGGUGCAGCUUUCCUGUUCAAACAGUGGGUACUCAGCCCCCGGCAGUACGGAACAGAGUGCCCACUCUGAACUCUCGGCGGGAAACAAGACCCAGAACUUGCAUCACAUGCAAUAUUUUCCAAAUAAUGUGACUUCCAAGCCAGAUGGUCACAGGUGCUUUCAAGAACCCGAGCAGAAGCCUUACCAGGCUUCCGUUCUCCAGGGAUACAAAGCUAGGAACCCCAGCGUGCCGGGCCCGCACGCCACCCAGCACAGGUACCUGGUGCCGAGCCAAGCGAGUGCUUUCCCCGGGCCCUACCCCGGGGCCGGGCACUCGCAGACCCCGCCCCACAAGGAGGUGCAGAAGCACGCCGCCUUGAGGUGGCACCUCUUACAGAAGCAAGGGCAGCAGCAGCCGGCACAGCCAGCCCAGGCGGACUUCUGCCAGCAGCAGCUGCACAGGCCAGUUAAGGUGGAGCCUGGACCCAGGCCCCAGGCCUGUAUGCACCCUGCGUCCACACCCCCGGAAAACAAAACGUGGAAGAAGGUCACUAAGCAGGAGGCCCCGGCCCCCAGCUGUGAGCAGGUGCGACACACGACCAUCCUGGAAGCCAUGGAGCAGCGGCUCAAGCAGGUCCAGGUCAGGUCUCUGUUCGACCACAAGGCGCUCGCUCUCAAGUCGCAGAAGCACGUCAAGGUGGAAGUGUCGGGGCCCGUCACGGUUCUGACCCGACACACCUCCGCCGCCGACCUCGACGGCCACGCCCCAGCGUUAGAGCAGCAGGCGACCGCGUCUUUAGAAAAGACACCAACCAAAAGGACAGCUGGUUCUGUUCUCAAUCAUUUUUUAGAGUCACCUUCCAAAUUGCUAGAUACGCCUAUAAAAAAUUUAUUGGAUACACCUGUCAAGACGCAGUAUGAUUUCCCAUCAUGCAGCUGUGUAGAGCAAAUUAUUGAAAAAGAUGAAGGUCCUUUUUAUACCCAUCUAGGAGCAGGUCCCAAUGUGGCAGCUAUUAGAGAAAUCAUGGAAGAAAGGUUUGGCCAGAAGGGGAAAGCUAUUAGGAUCGAGAGAGUCGUGUAUACUGGUAAAGAAGGCAAAAGCUCUCAGGGAUGCCCUAUUGCCAAGUGGGUGGUCCGCAGAAGCUGCAGUGAGGAGAAGCUGCUGUGCUUGGUGCGGGAGCGAGCCGGCCACGCGUGCGAGGCGGCCGUGAUCGUCGUGCUCAUCCUGGUGUGGGAAGGCAUCCCGCUGCCGCUGGCCGACAAGCUGUACUCGGAGCUCACGGAGACGCUGCGGAAGUACGGCACGCUCACCAACCGGCGCUGCGCGCUCAACGAGGAGAGAACGUGUGCCUGCCAGGGGCUGGACCCAGAGACCUGCGGCGCGUCCUUUUCAUUUGGUUGUUCGUGGAGCAUGUACUACAAUGGAUGUAAGUUUGCCAGAAGCAAGAUCCCAAGAAAAUUUAAGCUGCUUGGGGAUGACCCAAAAGAGGAGGAGAAACUGGAGGCUCAUUUACAAAACCUGUCCACUCUUAUGGCGCCGACAUACAAGAAACUUGCGCCUGACGCCUAUAAUAACCAGAUCGAAUACGAGCACAGAGCGCCCGAGUGCCGGCUGGGGCUGAAGGAAGGCCGGCCCUUCUCGGGGGUCACCGCCUGCCUGGACUUCUGCGCCCAUGCCCACAGGGACCUGCACAACAUGCAGAACGGCAGCACGCUGGUGUGCACCCUCACGCGCGAGGACAACCGCGGCGUCGGAGGGGCGCCGGAGGACGAGCAGCUGCACGUGCUGCCCCUCUACAAGGUCUCGGACGUGGACGAGUUCGGCAGCGCCGAGGCGCAGGAGGAGAAGAAGCGCAGCGGCGCCAUCCAGGUGCUCAGCUCCUUCCGGCGCAAGGUGCGCAUGCUGGCCGAGCCCGUCAAGACCUGCCGCCAGAGGAAGCUGGAGGCCCGGAAGGCGGCCGCCGAGAGGCUGUCCUCCCUGGACGGCAGCGCCGGCAAGAGCGACAGGGACAAGGCGGCCUCCGCGCGCGCCAAGCAGGAGAGCAGCGGCCCCGGCAAGCAGCUGGCAGCCCCGCAGGCCCCAGGGGCCUACUUGAGCCCCUCGAGCCCCGUGAGCCCCUACCCCGGGCUCCUGAGCCACAACCACCAGUAUCCCGCCUACCCGUGCAACGGGAGCGUGUCCGUGGACGGCUGCGCCCGGUACCUGGGGCCCUACGCGGCCCAGGCUCAGCCCGCGGACCUCUACCGCUGUCCCGGCCAAGACCCCCUCGCCAAGCUCAACCUCCCGCCCAUCCACACGCUCUACCAGCCGAGGCUCGCCAACAGCCAGAGCUUCACUUCCAAGUACUUGGGGUACGGAAACCAGGGCCUGCCGGCCGACGCCUUCGGGAGCUGCACGCUCAGACCGAGCGUGCACCCCGUGGGGCCGUUUCCGCCUUACUCGGGCUCCGAGCUGGAGGGCCCCUUCGUGGGUGCCCCCUCCAGACUACCGCCCAGCUGGAGCCACCCGGGCCUGGACUACAAGAACGGGGAGCAUCACCCCUCCUCGCACCUCAUCCGCAACUACGGCGCGUCCGGCAGCCUGUUUGGCGGCUCCCUGGGGGCCCUGCGCCUGCAGCGCCCCGAUAAUGAGCUGUUGGCCCACGGGCUCUCCAAGCUGCUGGCCCCCGAGGGCCUGCCCAAGGUCCAGGAGGCGGGCCGGGCGGAGAAGCCGCCCCCCGCGGCAGAGGACAAGGACGAGGUGUGGUCAGACAGCGAGCAGAGCUUCCUGGACCCCGACAUCGGCGGCGUGGCGGUGGCGCCCGCGCACGGCUCCAUCCUCAUCGAGUGCGCCAAGCGCGAGCUGCACGCCACCACCCCGCUCAAGAACCCCAACCGCAACCACCCGACGCGCAUCUCGCUGGUCUUCUACCAGCACAAGAGCAUGAACGAGCCCAAGCACGGCCUGGCGCUCUGGGAGGCCAAGAUGGCCGAGAAGGCCCGCGAGAAGGAGGAGGAGAGCGAGCGCCUCGGGCCCGACCACGUGCCCGCCCGGAGCCACGGCCGCAAGCCCAAGCGCGAGCCCGCCGAGCCGCACGAGGCCGCGCAGCCCACCUACCUGCGCUUCAUCCGCUCCCUGGCCGAGAGGACCGUGUCGCUGACCACGCAGUCCACCGUGACCACGGCCCCGUACGCCUUCACGCGGGUCACCGGGCCAUACAACAGGUACAUCUGACGCGCCCGGGCUACCUCUUCCCCAGGGCCCGCCGGGGGUCAGGCAGGAGCACAGGGCAGUCUGCGAGCGUGGGGGCAGGGGGUGGCCGGCGGCGCGCCCGCGAUCCGCAGCGGGAGGAGAGGGGACCCGUCCUGCCCCGCCACGCCGGAGACCGCCGAGCGACACGCCCAUCUGGUGCUGACCCCCGUGCUCAAGACUGGAAUCGGACUUCGACCACGCAGUGUCCACUGCGGUCUUUACUCGUAGUGAUGCAGGAAGCGUCAAGGCUCGGCAGCGAAACACUGAAUUCGUGCAGGUGUUCUAGGAAAUGGUGCUAAGAAAUUGGUGUCUAACAGUCAACUAUCAAAUGCCUUUUGUGGACGCUCGAGCGGACGCCGGGGCGUCCUCCGGCCGCCCUGUCCCUCGGGUUUUUAUCGCAGUGACCUGUUCUUACAAAGCUCACUUUUUAAAACGUGGAUGUUUCAGAGGCCGCUGGGGCCGCUCAUCCAGUGGCGUCCUUGUGGGACAAUAAACACAGUGUGUACAUGCACACGCGGGUGUUUGUGUGCAGAGUGUAUGUACAGAUAGUCUAAGUGGUGUCUACAAGCACUUUGUCUACCUAAGCUUGGACAGCUUGAGCGACGCUAAGGUACUGAGACGUUACAAACAAAGUUUACUUUCAUUUUUGAAGGCAAAGCUGAUUUUUUUUAAGCAAACGAGGAAAGCUCUGUCCUCGUCGAUCCAGCCAGGUAAUCCAAAGUGGGGCUCACUGGACUCGGGGGGGACGCGUCUGUCCACAAAGCGUCCGCUCCCUGGUGCUCAUCUCACAUGCUCUACUGUAAGGCGGUCUCCCGCGGGACCGCGACGGGCCAGUCAGGCGAGGCGUCGGAGCGACCCCGAGCACGCAGCGAGCCCC